AUCAACAAACUAUCACACUACCAACGAACAAUUGAAGAUCAGAACAGAAGAAGCAGACAGAAGGUGAGACGAUAACAAUGAACUCCCUUCCAGCAUCCUAUCCGAAAUGGAAGAAACCCCCUCGGCUGACAUGCGCAUCACGAUCAAACGAUACGCACAGGAUAUUCCCUUCUAUGAUGGUGGAUCCUGGACAAGAUCAGAAGUCAUCAACAAAAGCUUUGUUAGUUACCUCAAGAGAUACAAAGCGGAUGCCCAUUCAACCAUUUCCCAAAAAUACAAAGAUGCUGAUAGACUUAGACUUGCAGCCAGAGCAGCAACUGAAAUCUUUGAAGAUCUCCAAUACGUCAAAAACCAUGGAGGAGAUCAGUCUGCCAUUGACCAGAUCAUGGAGAAAACGAGACGCCUCUCCAUCUACAGCUUUGUCAGUGCAAGACAUAUUGGCAAAGAAGCGAGAGAAAUUACGACAAAAUCACUCAGCCUUACCGAAAAUGUCCAAGUACCUGGAAGACGACGACGAAGAAGACAGUCGUAA